AUGGAUAGCCAUCCCAACGGGUCAAGGGUCCUGCCUCAGACACAAUCUCCUCUGUUCAAACUGCCUGGCGAACUGAGGAAUUGGAUCUAUGAGCUUGCUCUCACGCCAGAAGCACCCAUCGUCAAUCCUACGUGGGAGACAACCAUCCACCCACAACAUCAACAAAUACCCAGCAUGGGUAUGGCCCUUCUGAGAGCCUGUCGUGCCACAUACCUCGAGACAAAUGAUUCAGUCUCACUGAAGAAGGGGGAAUUCAUCUUCACAAGGGUCGCCCAUAUACAAUCAUUCUUUUCCAGGUUGUCUCUAGCACAAGCCAGCCAUGUUCGUCAUAUCACGAUCGACCUCAGAGAAGCGGCGUCAGAAGACACAACCUUGCAAAGAGAGCAAAGCACAAUCGUUGCUAACGAAUGGAUCCACUACUUCUGCUGUACUCGGGGAGCACACAUGAUGGGUGCCUGGUGUGCAGACCUCGGUACCCUCAAGUCUGAUGUCCCACAUCUUCGCUCAUUGUGCCUUGACCUGACCAACUGGCAACCCAACCAUGCAGGUUCGAGAAUAGUACCAUGGAGUCUGGGAUUGUGGUUCUCUCCCGCCUUUGACAAGGACCAAACAGCACUGAUCGAUCUGGCUGAGCAGACAGUACGCCUGGCAGGAGAAACAGAGACCAGGCUCAUCGAAUGGCGCACUCUGGAAGGCGUUACUCGGCUGAAAGUGCAUGUGGAUGAGCUACAUAACAUUCGUCCAUUGACGAGCUGUGGAACUUCUCUUUCUCAAGGGGGGAGAAUGUCAUGGGAUGCUUUCGUUGAGUUUAAAGAUGACCAGACCGAAUUGGUCAAAAAGCGCAAGGCGUCCUUGUCAGCGAGUAACAUCAUCUGGAAUUCAGCACUCUCGGUGCAGGCAUAG